AGCAUUUUUUUGAAGGCAUAAAGGGUUAAAAGGUUUCGCUUUCGGAAUAAGGAGGAUGUGAAGUGACAUACUAUUGAAAUUCAGGGGGUCUUCUGCUAUUUUUCCGAAAUAUCAGAUGCUUCAAAUGAAAGAAGAACGCGUGAGUAGAGUGGCAAACUGGCGAUCCCAUUCCCGUUUCCCACCGACGACGCUGUCAAAAGGGGCAAAAGACAAUUUCCAAGUGAAGCUGAGGAAACACCGUGGGGAGCAGCCAUGGUGUCACCAACGUCGCAGCAGCAGCAGAUUAUGAUGCCGAGGAAGCUUCUAAUGGCGGCGGCUGUACUUCUAAUGGCGGCGGCUUCCGUUCCCGGCGUCGGUGCUUGGACUGGCGAAAUCCGUGGAAGAGUUGUUUGUGAUGUGUGUGGGGAUUCCUCCAUUGGGCCAGAGGAUCACGUCUUGGAAGGUGCUGAAGUAGCUGUUCUGUGCAUAACCAAGUCAGGGGAAGUAGUAAACUAUCAAGCAUUUACAAAUGCCAAAGGGAUGUACACGGUUGCAGAAACCAUGUCCGAAAGCGACCGUUGGGAUGCAUGCUUGGCAAGACCUAUAAGCAGCUUUCACGACCACUGCAACCAACUGGGGCCUUCUAGCAGAGGACUGAAGUUCAGUUACAACAAGCCAUCCGGAUAUUCUCACAGCGUUAGACCAUUUGUGUAUCGGCCUUCUAACGCUCCAACAUACUGCUUGUAGAUGAUACCCCAACAUCAUAACUUAUUAUCACCAGAAGCUAAAUUAUUUGGAAGUUUUACAUCUUAAUCUCUGCUAUCUAGUAGAUGUACUUAAGUUUACUCUGAUCUAAUUUGGAUUGUGGUGUUAUAAGCUGGCACCAGUCUUGUUGUGGUACUGGUGGUUGGUGGAUGGCGCGGGCGGAGCGGAGCGGGUUUCUCAAUAUUCAUAUUCGCUUUGUACCAGCUGUUGGUCAGAUCGGAUAAUUCUCACGUUGCUAAUGGGUUAGAAUGGAGCAAGUUGACUAGUUGUCACAUUAUGUGAAGAAAGAAAAAUACUUAAUGGGUUUGAAUGAAUAAUUGAUUCAAAAUAAUUGACAGCUUAAAUUUCGUACAGAAAUGCAAAUAUAUUAAGAUUAUACAUAUCAAGAAUGAGACAAAUCCGGAAGUAGUAAUCCAUGUAGUCCCCUUCUAACUAUUGCGAAUUGAAUAAUAGUCGCCUCAAUAUGAAUCAUGUUGAAUGAUACCCCAAAUUGCCAUCCCUACCCCGGACUUGUCUCAUUCUGGGAGCCCUAUCCCUGCGGAGAGCUUGGACGGUCAACACAACAUUGCGGGCUUGAGGCCUGGUCGUCUAUAAGAUAAACUAGUGUGGGCCCCGGCUAGUUGGCCGGAGGAAGGUAGGAUGGCAAUGGGUCGGGUUGGGUCGGGUAUGGCCAAAUUCAAAUCCAAAUUCAUGGGUUUAUCCGUGAAAAAAAUUCGGGGUAAAAUUCACUGGGUUUGAAAAACUCAAACCCAACUCAACCCCCUGGGUAUCCGCGGGUUCAUGGGUACCCACAGGUUUUUGUCUUAAAAAAUUUACAAUAACAAGUUCCUAUCAAAAUUAAAGUCAAAUAUCAAUCUCUCAAUACAAAUUAUCCAUAUAUAAAAUACCAUUCUAGAAAAUUCAAGCAAAUAACAAAUUAUCCAUAAAUAACAUGAUUAAUUGAAAGCUUCUUCCUUUCAAUUAAGUUUCUUCACUCUCCACUCGAUAGCAUCAACUUCAUUCUACACAAUUAGAAAGAAAAAAUUAGACAUGUCUCCACAAACAUAAAUAAGAUAAGUUGUUUAGAAUAUUAAAUAUAUCGAGAAAAUUAAUUAUAUGGGUGUGGGCGGGUACCCAUGGGUCUGGUUUACCUAAACCCAAACCCAACCCAACCCGAUGAAUAUUGAACGGGUUUAAACCCAAACCCGGCCCAAAACCCGUCAACACGGAUUUUACCCGCGUUGACCGGGUUGGGUCGGGUGGGUACCCGUGGGUUCGGGUUUUGUUGUCAUCCCUAGAGGAAGGUGAGGUAUGAAAUUUGAUAAUAUAAUGGGGUGUAUAACUUAUUGUUGUAAAGUUUUUUUGGGAAACACGUGAUAAAAAUAGUGAAUUUUAGCAGGAAAGAGACAUUAAUGAUGCAACAAAUCAAAAAUCGGCCUUAUGAACCAAAAUCAAGUACCUGUUACCUUGUGAAACAAUAUUGUUUUUGGUAAUAUGAUGAGGUGGAGUAAGUUUUAUAGAAACUGAAUUCCAGAAAAUCGAAUAAAAAAUCGCCUAUCCCGUCGGUUUUCGGAAAAUGAGCAUCUCACAAUCGUUGCUAGCUUUUACUCGGCCCGUUGGCCGAUUAAUUUGGUUUAUAAAACUUUCAUCUUGUCGUCAUUGUGCUUUCUGGUUUUUUUCAGGCCAUGAUAAAAUCUAAGGAAAUCAAGAACGAACAACACGAUUUGGGAUAGGAACCGUCGUUGUCGUAUCCCUAGAAAAUGGUGGUAAACACGGAUUCACCUGCCAAACUGGUUUGGAUUGAGAUUUUUAUCGGGUAUCAGGGAACCAUGUGAUUAUAAAUUAGACUCGAUCAAAAGGGGCCAAAACUUGAAAUGCAGCCUGUCUGACCGACCCAUGCCAAAUUCUAAUUAUUCUUUACUUUUAAACUUUUUAUUUGAAAAUAAAAAAUAGUGAAAUAAAAGAGAUGACUGCCAUUUGCACAUCACUUAUUCGGGAAUAAAACCAUAGAAAUUCAAAAGGAACUGAAAAUGUUAGGAUCGUUUUAAUGUUUAAAAUAACCAAAUAGAUCUUUCUGUUUAGUUUUUUACUAACAAAUACCAAACGAUUCCCUAUAAAAUACACUAUGAUUUGAUCAUUAUGAUAUCAAAUAAUUAUAUAAUAUAUAUUUGAAAUGAUAAAAAUUGGACUAAUUGGGUUGGUCGAGGUUGAACCAUUGAAUAACUUCAAAAUACAUUAUAUUUUAGCCACUAAGAUAUAAAAUAAUAGCAUAAUAUAUUAUGCCAGAGAAAAUAGCUUGUUUUAGAAUGUCAAACCAAUGAUGUUCAUUUGUUUUACUUGAUGGCCAAAUCCCGUGUAGGUCAAACCAAUUCAACUCUUUUAUUUUAUGGUUAGCGGCAGUGGCGGACCCAGAAAUUUUACAUAGGGGUGUCCUCUUUUAAAAAAUAAAUUAAAUAUAAAUAAUUCUAAAAUAAUUAAUAAAAAAUAAAUAAUAUUUAAAUAAGAAAUACUUUACUCAUACAGUUUGAAAAAAUUCACAAUGUGUUUUCAUAUUAAAAAAUGAUUGUAGAACACACUUGGGGGUACACUAUUAAAAAAAAAUUGUCUCUGUAUAUCAUAUUAGACAAUCAUUCACGAACUGAUCACAUAUUCAAUUUCUAAACUUGUUCUUGAUGUAAUCCAAAGCUGAAAAAACUCUUUCAAUACUUGUUGUACAACCAUAAAUCAAUACAAAUUAAGGGUAGCUUGAAAUUUGUUUAAUUGUUAGAUUUUGAAAACAAUUAGAGAUAGAGAAUGACAUUAUACUAUUACACAGUGUUUAAAAUCGAAUAACAUAUGAGUUGUAGCCUAAUGAAAAUUAGGUUUAUUAAUAAUAAAAGUGUCCUAUGUUUGAAUUACCCAAACUACUACUUAUAUUCUUAUACUCAAACUAAAAGAUGAGAGUAGGAUAAUCACUUUUUUAAAUUUAGGGGUGUCCCCGACUAUCAAUUAUAAUUUUUUUGUCAAUACGUAAAUUACUACCGGGGGUUGGAUAAUCGCUUUCCCAAAAUUUAGGGGUGUCCGGGGACACCCCUAAACACCCGUCGGUCCGCCCCUGGUUAGCGGUUAGCCCAUUAGAUACCAUGCAUUAGUUUAUUGUUAAUUUUUUUUUAUUUUUAGCAAUAAAAAGAAGUAUUGUUUUUGCCUCUUCAUAUAUAUUUUAUCACCACGGAGAAAUAAAAGGGCUUAAUGAAAAAAUUGACACUCUUGAACCCGUUUAAAUCCGCAUGUGUACGGUAAGUUGGCCCGUUCCACAGAGGAAAGAGGAAAAAAUUGACACUCCCUAUUCUAUCAUUCCUACAAACGCUCCUAGAGCAGGAAAUUUGAAAUGGGGGAAUGGUUUUUUCCUCUCUGCUAUUAUAUCUUUUUAAUUUAAAAAGAUGCUACAAAUGUACUUAGUGUGAUUGGUUAUGAUCCUUACUUUUCCUUAAAAUGGUGAUGGUUCGAAUCCCACUACGUGUCUUUUUAAUAAAAUAAAAAAAGUAAGUGUGAAGACCAAAAUGUCCUUCCUACUUUCACUCUCGUUGCAGGAAAUUUGAAAUGGGGCUCCCGUUUUUCCCUUUGGUGUAUUAUAUUAUGUGUAGAUUAGAGUUGGGCUUGGGCCUGGGCUUGGGCAUUUUCUGAACUCAAACGGGACCCGAUUCACUUACAUCAUGUAAGAACGCAUAACGAGCUGUCGUUUUGCUCAACUUGGACUGGACCUCAAGUAUUUCCUAGUUUCUCUAGUUUCUUUCUACUCUCCUCAGUCCUUUCCCUUCGUCUGCGGUCUGCCACGAACUAGGGCUUCCAUUCCGAAAUCAGUUGCAGCGUUCGAAGCUUAGGGUGAGAUUUCAGCGCCGGAAGUUAGGACCUUAGCUCGCUUUACUCCAAUCGCCGGCGCCGAAUCCCUACCGUAAGUGGCUGCUAUUCUAAUUUUCAUUUGCUGUGAACUUCCCUCCGUUUGCUUUUCCGUUCUUGUUUCCUGUAGGAGCCACGAUUGCUGUAUAGCUGUGAUCGAAGUUCGCCUUUUUGCCUAGACGGAAGUGAAUUCCUCGGUUUAAAUCGUUAGUUUCUCGUUUUCUUGGACCAUAAGCCUAUAUCUAGUCUCACCUUAGAGAAAUUACUUUCUUUUCUCUUUGGAUGAAUAUUGAAUACAAUUCGAAUUUGAGAAAAUAGGGGUUGGUGGGUGUUGUUUGAUGAACUAGGUUGGAGGAUGGGAGGUAUUUAGCUCGGCCUCGCAAGUAUGAUGUGCUUUUGGCACGCAAUACCCUAUUGACCACUGCAUUUGGGUCCUCCAUCUUACAUUUCUUUUCAUUCCUGUUGAAUGUAAGCUAGCGAUAUGAUCAUUCACAAAGGUUUGUAGUUUGUGUCCCUUUUGAUCUCCCCUUAUAGUCCCCUGCUCAGCCACGCUAAUUACCGUAUGUUUUGAUUGAUGAGUUGAGGUACUUACUUAUAUGAUGAGUUCUAAGUUAAGACUCUAUUUCCUUGAUUCUAGCCUAUAGCUGCGUCAGUAUUCCUAUACGAACACUCUACAUGCUCUGCUACUUUCUGGAAUAGGUUCGCUGUAUUUAUGUAAGAUAUUUUGUGUUGUACAAAUCUGUCGAGAUUGUUGGUUGCGAGUUCAGCAUUGUUUGAUGCUAUGGAAUCGGCCAAUAGGUCAUGGUUCGAGGGAGGAUGGGGAUAAGUUAACUUAUACUCUUUUGAUGACAAUGGAUUGUGAUAAAAUUGUCACCACUUGUGGAACAUCGUUAAGCUGCUCUUUAGAAUCAAACAUUGUCUGCACU